GCAGAUGGAAGAAAGAAAAGAUAGGUAUGAUAUGCACUACCUAGCCUAUUUAUUUAUUUUACUCCUUGAGAUACCUAGGUUUAUUUGUAAACUCACGUGUUAAAUAGAUACUUUUAUUUUCAAGUUAUAUUGGAUACAUCUUGGCCUGGAGGUGUAGUUAUGUCGAGUAACUGGUACGAAGGCAUAGGACGGCCUCGUUAUGUCGUCGCACCAAUGGUGGACGCUAGUGAACUGGCCUGGAGGAUAUUAUGCCGUAGACACGGAGCACAGUUAUGCUACACUCCCAUGUUUCACAGUAACGUUUUCGUAAAAGAUCCUAAAUAUCGAAGAGACAGCUUACAAACUUGUGACGAACUUGACCGUCCAUUAUUUGUACAGUUUUGUGGCAAUAAUCCUGAAGUAAUGGCUGUAGCCGCUAAGUUGGUAGAAGGACACUGUGAUGCUAUCGAUAUUAAUCUUGGAUGUCCACAAGCAAUAGCUAAACGAGGCAGAUAUGGAUCUUUUCUUCAAGAUGAAUGGAAAUUGCUGCAGAGCAUAGUUUCAGAAAUGUCUAAUGCAGUUUCAAUACCAAUAACAUGCAAAGUGAGAAUAUUUGAAGAUAUAGAGAAGUCUGUCAAAUAUGCACUCAUGUUGCAAGAUGCAGGGUGCAAGUUGAUCACAGUGCAUGGCAGAACUCGUGAGCAGAAGGGGCCACUUACAGGGAUUGCUAGUUGGAAACACAUUAGGGCUGUCAGAGAAGCUGUAUCAAUACCCAUGUUAGCUAAUGGGAAUAUUCAAUGUUUAGAAGAUGUACACAGAUGUUUACAUUAUACAAAGGUAGAUGGUGUAAUGAGCGCUGAGGGUAUCUUAACUAAUCCAGCUUUAUUUGAAGGCAUCAAUCCAGUGACAUGGGAUAUAGCUUUGGAGUAUUUAGAACUAGUGGAACAGUUCCCAUGCCCUUCUUCAUACAUAAGAGGACAUCUGUUCAAAAUUUUUCACAAAAUAUUUACGUUUGAAGCUAAUAAUGACAUCAGGCAAAUAUUGGCAACAGCUCAAAACCUGAAUGAUUUUAGGCGAGUAUGUGUUGAUAUCCAAAAAAAAUACUUGCCUCAACAUGAAGGCCUUCAACAAUGUGAUGACAACAUAACAAGAAAUGGUUUUGAUUUGAUCUUGCCACCAUGGAUAUGUCAACCAUAUGUAAGAAUAUCUCCUGAAGAACACACAAAAAAGAUGGACAUGCAUAACAAAAAUCAGGAUGAUAGUCAUAAAAGACUUCUUGGUGAUUCAGAUGGACAUGUUAUAUCAAGGAAAAAAAUGAAAAAGAUGAGAAGAAUCUUGAGGAGACCACCAAAGCCUGAUAAUCAAAAUGGAAGAAGUGGUGAUAUUUGUGUACAUGAUGACUGCCCCAAUCCACUAGGUGGUAAAUGUAUAUAUCAAUUCUGUAAAAAAUGUUGUAAAAACAAAUGUUUUGAGGAGAAUUUGGACUGUUCAGGGCAUAGGAUACUUGUACGUACAAGACGAGAAAUAGCUAAGAAGUUUUCCGUUGAAACAACAAAACAUAAUGACGACCUGACGACCUCGGUGACGAAUUGACGACCUCGGUGGCGCAGUGGGUGCCCCUGAAUCGAGGGGUCCCGGGUUUGAUCCCCAGUCAUGAUGGAAAAUAAGAUUUUUCUGAUAGGCCCGGGUCUUGGAUGUUUAAUUAUAUACAUAUGUAUUUAUUAUUAAAUAUGGUAUCGUUGAGUUAGUAUCCCAUAACACAAGUCUAGAACUUACUUUGGGGUUAGCUCAAUUUGUGUGAUUUGUCCUAAUAUUUAUUUAUAAUGAUUCAGCCUGUACAUUUUUUUAUGUAAAUUUACAUUGUUGUACCUAUGACAAUAUAAAAACGUGACAUCAUUAUUUUUCUUCUGACUCCUCCCUAUAGGAUGUCUACUGUAUAGGCUUUCACGCCACGUAGUUGUUUAGAGCAUAAUUAUUAAGUUCAGUCUACCUUAUUUUCAAGUCACCAUUAGCAUCACUGACUGAAACUAACUUACAUCGUUUCUAUGGAAACUGCUAUCACAUCAAAACUUAACGUAGGUACCUAGGUUUGUUCCCUUUGUUGUUAUUAUAAUAAUAAUUUAAUGAUAAUAUUUAAAAAAACUCAUUUUCAUCUUAUAUAUGUAGCUAUGAUCAUUGAAAAAUAGGUGGACCCUUGAAUGAUGUCAUUUCACCCAUAGCCCUUGGUAGUUGUAGGUUAAUGGAUUUUCUAUAGUGCGCGCGCAGAAAUAUCUACCGAGUUGUGACUAAAGGUCGCGUUGAUACAAAGGAACAAAGUUUUGGAGAAUAUUACCAACAAUAAAUGCACAAAUGCAUAGAUGUUGCACAUCAUCACAAGCUCGAAGAUCUUAUCGAAGAAUAAAUGGACUGGAACUACCUCUCAAUUAUCAGCAAGUGAUCGGAUGGAUCGUUUUUAUUGCAACUGGAUUGGUCAAUUUUUUUGUUCUUGUACAAAUCCAAUUUGAUGAAUUGAAAAUAACAUCGUUAAUAGUGUAUGUAUUUUUAUACGUCUCUCACAUUGUAGCUCAUAUCACAGCCUCGUAUAUUGACCCGAGUGAGGAUGAAUUACGGAAGCUCCCAAUCAACAACGUUCCAGAAUUCGACCGGGGUCUCCACACCCAUGUCAUAGAAAAUGGUCGAUGUCAUCUGUGCAACAUAUACACCAGCAGCAAAAACACCAAGCACUGCAGCCUUUGCAAUAAAUGCAUUGAUCACUUCGACCAUCAUUGUAAGUGGUUGAACAACUGCAUUGGCCAGAGAAACUACACGUCUUUCGUCGCGAGUGUAACCACUGCCCUUCUGAUUUCUGUUCUGACGUCAUCUUUGUGUAUUACUGAUAUUGUAAUGUUUUUUGUAUAUCCUCAAAAAUUAAGUAAUUUUGCACAAAAUUUUAUAAAAUGCCCAUCAAUGUCAAUAACAUCUACAGAAUUUUGUAAGAAUUCCGUAAUAUUUUUAGGGUUUUUGAUAUUUUUUUGCGUAAGUGCUUUUGCAAUUGCAUGUGCCUUAUUACAUUUAUGUUGUUUUCACAUUUACAUUUCAAUUUUGGGGGUUUCGACAUAUGAAUACAUCAUGAAAAGUGGUACUCCAGAAGCUAGUUCUAUAUUUUCAAAUAACUGUCGCAUCUUAAAAAUUCCCGGGAAAAUGUACGUAAGUAAAUCUACAGAGAGAAAUAAAGUUGAAAUGGGUACUUCUGAAUGUGCAACUACUUCGAAUGGAGUUGGAAAGCUGAACAGUUCUCCUGCAAGCAGCAAUACAAAUGUAGCCAAUUUGAUUGGCAUUCUCAUCAAUAAUGAGCUAGACAGGGCGAAGCGAAUUUUUAUCUACGACAAGAACAAGAUACAUCCUCAAAAAGAGCAAAGUGGAGAUAUUGAAAGCUAACUUGUAUAAUUAUAGGUAUUUAACAAUAAUAAAAGUGCCUUGUAACAUUUCAACGUAGUGUUAAAAUUUAUAUUCUAUUUAGAUUUAAGUAAAAUUUAAUAGUAAAUAUAUUUAAAUGUCAA